CAGAAUAAUAUAUAAUUGUUGAAUAAUUCUAAUUAAUUUCAACUUCCAGCCCUAGGUUGAAAAAUGGCGGCGUUAGCAUUAGACGAUUUAAUGGACAAGAAGAAAGAGCCACCACCAAUUUUAGAUCUGAGCCAAAGUGUUAUUAACUCCAAGGAGGAAUUAGAUCAGUUACUUGCUCGAGUGCCUGAAUAUAAGAUAAGGCCUGAAAAGGUGAAGCCUGAAGACAUUAAAAUAAGAGAUAAGGAUUUUAGUUUCAAAAUUUCCAAAUCACAAACUUUCAAGUCUUCAAAAGAAUACAACUACUGCAAUCCGGUGCCUCCAUGUAUGCAAAGCAUUAGAUUAGAUGACUUAUGCCAAGUUGAUAUAAAUUGGAAAAUGUUGACAACAAUCAGACCAAAGUCUAAGAUGGACGAGGAGCUAUUUUCAAGGCUUGUUGAGCUAGGCAAGUUGCAAAUACAGAGGAUUCAACAAGAUGCUAAAUCAACUUCUGGCUAUGGUGUGAAAAAAUCUAAAAACAGGGCAGGAAUUGUUGAGAUGAAAAUACCACCAUGCCAUGAAUGCAAUGAGGAAUUUUGCAAUGGUCUAAGCUGCAAGUAUCUGACUUACGAAUGUUUUGCCAGGGUGGAGAGCGACAUUUAUGAAGGGAAACGGGAAGAGUCGGCAGGCAUCGACAGGAAAUCCAGGAAGAAGAAGAAGAAGAAGGUCAAGGGAAAAGGCAAAAAGAGCAAACGAUCAAAAUCUAAAACUAAGAAAAAGAAGAACAAAGACGAUGAUGGGGAAAAAACUGCAGACGAUGCCGAGGAUGAAGAUUAA